AUGCUUCCAAUCCGAAAUCAAUCAAUUGCAAUUCACUGGUCGACCUUGGAAAAUAAUGAAGUUAACACAGAUGCUAAUUUACACGAGUUAGUAAAAAACUUUUGGCAAAUUGAGUCGGUCGAAACUAAUUCAAACAAGCUAACUGAGGAAGAAUUGUCAUGUGAACGUUUUUUCAAAUCUACUGUCAAGAGAUCAUCCUCUGGUAAAAUAAUAGUUAAAUUACCAUUCAAACGUCAUUUCUCUGAACUUGGUUCAUCUAGGCAAAUUGCCGAAAAACGUUUUCUGUCAUUGGAAAGGCGAUUAAACUCAAAUUCCAAUCUUAAGGAAGAAUAUUCGAAAUUUUUGGAAGAGUAUUUAAGGUUAGAUCACAUGGAACUUGUUCCCAAACAUGAUGAAAGGCUUGUCAAAUACUAUCUUCCUCAUCAUUGUGUAUUAAAACCAGAUUCAUCUACAACUAAAUUUCGUGUCGUAUUUGAUGGCAGUUGUGCUACAACAUCUGGGCUUUCAUUAAAUGAUAUACUUAUGAUUGGUCCUCCAGUUCAAGAAGACUUAUAUUCAAUUCUACUCAGAUUUCGAUUUUACAAGUAUGGCUUAAAAGCUGAUAUUUGCAAGAUGUAUAGGCAGUUUUUACUUCAGAAGAAAUUCAAACGUUCAAGCUUAAAACUGUUACUUAUGCUGUGUGCUGCACUUCUUUUGUCUAAUUUAAUAAACAAAGUAAAUCAAAUAAUAGGCGUUGAAAUCAAUGAAAUAUUUUUAUGGUCUGAUUCUGAGAUUGUGUUGUCAUGGAUUUCAGCACAUCCUUCUACAUGGACUGUUUUUGUUGCCAAUAGAGUCUCGCAAAUCCAACAAUUAACAGAAAAUUGUAAAUGGUUGCAUGUCAACACUAAGGCGAAUGCAGCUGACAUUUUGUCAAGAGGUUCAAAUGUAUCAGAAUUAAUAAAUUCAACUUGGUUCAUUGGUCCAGACUUCCUGAGGAAAACCAACGAUUAUUGGCCUAUGCAAAAGGUUAAAAGUGUUCAAUCUACAACUUUAGAAAAGCGAGCUACACACAACUCAUUCACAAGUCAAAAAUUUUCGAAAAAUUGCAAAAGUACAAAAACUUCUCGUAAUAUUGAUGUACUAUCUCAAAAAGAAGAUUCUGUGACGCUCUUAAAAGUAGGAGGACGACUUAGCAAUGCAAAUAUUACACACUCAGCCAAACACCCAAUAUUCUUGCCAAAUGAUGAACAUUUUGUGAAAAUUUUAAUAUCGCAUUUUCAUGUUCAAAAUCUGCAUGCUGGACCUCAAGCUCUCUUAGCAACUCUGCGUCAGCGAUUUUGGAUUACGAAUGGUCGAGCAAUUGUGUCAAAAAUCGUUCAAAAAUGCAUACGCUGUUUCAAAUUCAGACCGAAGUUGGCAGAACAAAUUAUGGGUGACCUACCUAAGUACCGAGUCGAAUUAAAUCGAGCUUUUUUGGUCAGCGGAGUCGAUUUUCGUGGACCUGUUAUGAUUUCACCAGGUGGGCGUGGCAAAAGACUUUAUAAGGCAUAUGUUGCAGUCUUUGUAUAUUUUACCACUCACGCAGUUCACUUAGAUAUUGUGUCAUCUCUAACGUCUGAAGCCUUCAUCGCUUGUUUAAAACGCUUCACAUCACGUCGCGGACUGUGUCGUGAUCUGUACUGCGACAAUGCAACGAACUUUGUCGGGGCUCGACAUGUUUUAAGGGAAUUAGCAGACAAAUUCAAUGAUCAACAAUUCAAGAAUGAUGUAUCUUGUUGGUGUGCAAAUCACAACAUCGAAUUUCACCACAUACCAGCUAGAUCACCGCAUUUUGGAGGCUUGUGGGAGGCUGCCGUUAAGGCAGCUAAGUUUCAUCUCAAUCGUUGCUGUUUGAAUAUGAAUCUGACUUACGACGAAAUGCAAACUCUAAUCACACAAAUUGAGAGCAUCCUAAAUUCUCGUCCCAUAAUUUCCCUUUCCUCAGAUCCUAGUGAUGAACAAGUACUAACGCCUGGUCAUUUUCUUGUAGGUGGACCUUUAAACGCAUUACCAGAACCAUUGCGUAACGAAGACGUCAACAUAACAUCUUUAAAACGUUUUCAUCGUAUUGUAUUUCUACAACAAAAACUCUGGUCUCGUUGGUCUAAGGAAUAUCUAACCACACUUCAACGCAGGAAUAAAUGGCCCUCUCAAGCAAGUAAUUUAACAAUGGGUACACUGGUUUUGAUUGGCGGUGACAACUUACCUCCACAACAUUGGGCGAUUGGCAAAAUUGUAAGGUUGUAUCCUGGCUCUGAUAAUAAUGUGCGAGUUGUCGAUGUUCAAUGCCGUAACAAAAUCUUCAGGCGACAAAUACAUACAUUAGCACCACUUCCGCUGGCUGAUUGA